AUGGCCGUUUACGAGUGCAACAACACGUUCCGCGAUUUCUUGCGUGAGCUACCCAAAUGCGAACAUCAUCUUCAUCUGGAAGGUACAUUGGAACCGGAUCUCUUGUACCCACUGGCACGCAGAAAUAACGUGAAGCUACCAGAACAGUUCCCAAAGACCGUUGAGGAACUGGAGAACAGAUACAAACAGUUCAAAGAUCUACAGGACUUUUUGGAUUUCUACUAUAUUGGAUGUGAGGUCCUUUUGCAGGAGGAAGACUUUUUCGAUUUGGCAUGGGCUUAUUUCAAACGCUCCCGUUCGCAAGGUCUAAAACACGCAGAGGUUUUCUUCGAUCCACAAAGUCACACCUCGCGUGGCAUCAGCAUUGAAACGGUGGUGAAGGGCUUUCAAAGAGCGUGCAUCAAGGCUCAACAGGAACUGCAGAUCUCUUCCAAGCUGAUCAUGUGUCUGCUGCGCCAUCUGCCUGUCGAGGACUGCAAGGCAACACUAGAAAGCGCACGAGUGUUGUUCGAGACACAGCAAUUACACGGAUUGGGUCUGGAUUCUGCGGAAAAACCUUUCCCUCCCGAACUUUUCACCGAAUGCUACGAAACCGCUCGUUCUUACCACCCUGACAUAAAGCUUACGGCGCAUGCCGGUGAAGAAGGUGACGCCUCAUACGUUCUAAAAUCGCUGGAUUUGUUGAAAACGUCGCGAAUUGACCAUGGAGUUAGAUCCGCGGAGGAUCCAGAACUGAUGGCCCGUUUGGCUCGUGAGCAAAUCAUGUGUACUAUAUGUCCACUAUCCAGUGUAAAGCUGCAAGUGGUUCAGGAUGUGCGCGAACUGCCAUUUGCACAAUUUUUGGACGCUGGAAUACCUUUUUCUAUCAAUUCAGAUGAUCCUGCAUAUUUUGGAGGCUAUAUCCUCGACAACUAUGUGGCUGUGCAAACUCGGUUCAAUUGGACUUUGAACGUUUGGAAGAAAGUGGUACAGCAAUCCGUGAAUGGCUCGUGGUGCGAGGAGAAACGUAAAAAGGAACUGCUAUUGGAGCUCGAUGCAGUCAUGACCAAAUACGAGGGUAUUCUCGAGAAAUAA